CGGCUCUUUUUGCUUCACUUUUCUUUAAAAGCUUAUGAAUCGCAGGCUCUAGAGAGGUGCUAGAAUCUUCAGGUUCAAUGGGAUGAAAAGGGAAUGGAGAUGUCAAGAUCCAGUUAUGCUGUUAUUUACGUGAUUCUUCUUUGCGCGUUGGCUAAAGGAGGCUGCGAAGGUAAGAGGUGGAAUCUGCGGGAGUUUCUCAAUGAAGAAUGUCAUUUGUCGUCGUCACUUCUUGAAGAUGGGAAAAAGUUAGAGCAAGCUUGGAAACACUGUAGGAAAGAGUUGGCAGCGAGGAGCCAUGGGAACCAAGAUUCUGAGUUGCAUCCAACAGAAGCAGGGGGCAGUGACCUGGGGCCUUCACUUGGAGUUGAGGACAUCCUACGCCAAGCGACUGAGUUUCUGGGACUCCAGUCCGAACAAAACUUCCUGGAUUGCAUCAAAACCAAAACUUCCCAUGCUCCUGUUUCUCUAGACAAUAAUGCUGCCUCUCCACCUGUGGUUACCACGUACUUGACCAGUGGCUGUGAAAGGCACCUGCUUGCUGAUUCACCGGCUGACAAAGUUCCCCCAAGCACUACUCCUUCUCAUUCUCCUUCUCCUUCUUCAUCUCCGUCAUCUUCGUCUCCAUCUCCGUCAUCUCCGUCUCCUGGUCUUGCAAGUGAAUCACCAAGCCAUGACACAAAGUCUUCUGAUUCUCCAUCUGACGAUUCCCCUUCUGGUUCUCUUUCACCAGAUGAGUUUAUGCCACAUCAAUCGCCACUACCACCUAGGUCUCCUAAACGUACUCCCCCAUCUGUGCCUUUAGACUCCUCUCCUCCUCCUCCUCCUGAAGGUGAUAACGGCAAUCAUAUUCGACGACCCAACGACCCAACAGAGGCACACAAAGGCGACCGGGCUACAGUCACACUAGCCUCCGCAGAUGUUUUUUCUGGUUCGCAGAAGGCUGUUGUUUUGGAAAAGCAUGACAAGAAAGUAUAUACUACGACCGGCGGUCUGAUGGCAAACUCUGAAGGUGGCGGCGGCUCACUAACUGAGACAACAACAUCGUCUACUGAACAAAUGGCUAACCCUCCUCUGAAACCACCUCCGGGAAAAUCAGCUCCUCCGCCUCCUCAGCCGCCGCCCCCACCGCCGCCAGCUGCUCCUCGUGCCCCACCACCUCCACCUCCAAAAGCUAAGGUUCCGCCAAUUCCCGGAAAUCAAUUCAAGGUAAAAAUAAAGCACAGGGCAACUCUAGAGAGGGCGGUGAAUGUGAUGCUCCAAAACCCAAAUUGA